GUGAGAAGUGUUUUUUCGAUCACCGCCACCACCAAAAAGAGUGCUGAAGAGUCUGUUUUCGAUGCAGAAUGGGAGAGGUUUGCGGACACACGCCCACAAGCUGUGAUUGUGUUUGGUGCACCUAUUAAAGAUACUGAGAAGUUUAUCAUGAGGAUGCUGACAGACAAGCGUACUGCUAAUGCGUAUCUGCUGGGUCCCUUUGCUGUGCAGGGGCUCAUGCACCGUGUGUGGCGCCAGGCAAUAACCACCGGUAUUGAUGUUAAGAUAGACCACUUGAUCACGACGGGUACAAAUCCACUUGCAAAGGACACACAGUACGNACUGGCACUUGUUCGGUAUGCUCUGGGUGAGAUGCGUGUGCGGCAAUUGGGGCUCAUGUUCGUGAAAAACGUUUCGGAUGAGGACUCUCUAUACGACCUUCUCAUGCAGGUUACUUCCCGGAUGGGAUAUCCCGUGAGAAGUGUUUUUUCGAUCACCGCCAGCAGCGAAAAGAGUGUUGAAGAGUCUGUUUUCGAUGCAGAAUGGGAGAGGUUUGCGGACACCCGCCCACAAGCUGUGAUUGUGUUUGGUGCACCUAUUAAAGAUACUGAGAGGAUUAUCAUGAGGAUGCUGACAGACAAGCGUACUGCUAAUGCGUAUCUGUUGGGUCCCUUUGCUNGGUGGUGA